GUGUCAAAACACAUGUGUGGCACUGCAGGAAGGGGGACAAUAUCGAUCCGGCAUUUGCAGUCAGCAAAUUCGUGCAGGGCGUUAUCUUAUCAUUUUCACACAACAGCAAAACCUUCCUUUCAACGAGCAUGACAUCCUUUCAUUGUUAGUUAAUAAACAAAAACACCGAGCCACUCAGUUAUCUUCAUCAACAGAGUGUCUGCUCAGCGCAGAUCAGUGGAUGGACACUACACUUCCUGGUCAGCUAGGGAGCCGAACAGGAAACCUCCCUGUUAUCUCAAUAAACCAGUGACCAUCGCCGCUCAGUGCGCCACACACCAGGCCAUUGUUAGUUAGCAGAACAGGAAAGCGUUUCAACUUAUCUGAAUAAGACACUGCUCCGCGCAGGUCGAGGUAUCCGGGGCCUCGGUAAAACUUAGUAUACCGCUGGAAGUCACGACUCUCUCGGUAAACGCAUCCUCUCAGUACCAGAAAUGUAUAAAGAUGCUCAUUCGGUGCAAGGUAGUCAUCACUCGAGAUCAUGCAAGAAACCUCUUCAGCUUCGCUCCUCACUAACGCUCUGAUCCACCCCGAGGGUCAGAACGCAAGCUCCAACCCACAACAUGGCAUACGCUUCUUUGACCUCACAGGUGUGGAGCAAGAAAAUGUACUUUUAACACCGUUCAACUACGGUUUUUUUGAUGAGACGAGCGGUAAUCCUUACCUACAGCACGGUGUUCACCAGGCUCAGCCGCAAAGAACCCGGCCAGAGAGCAAACUUACACUGAAAAACCGCCCGUCCCGAAGCAAAACCCGCCAGGACUUUGCCUCGCAAAAUACGUCUACCCCUAAACAAGAAACAGAUAAAGUCAUUGAUCUGCGUACACCGCCGCCGGUUCGCCAACCUCUCUUCCUCCAAUCAGCGGUAGCGGGUAUUCAACCUCGCCAGCUGUUUGUAGCACAAACACCCACCCUGCAAAACAACCAAGUCCAAACGGAUGUACCACAAGCAACGAUUCCACCAGCAAACCAUACCAAUCUCACACUGAGCGUUGAAACUUCAGUUCAGACGGUUCAAGACCAGCGGGAGACUACAUCAUACGAAGCAGCCCUCCUGAGGGAAAACGGUGCUGAAGGUGCAGAGAUACAACCCCCUAACGCACCUCAAACUGAUCUGCCAGCAACCUCUUCAGACGAAGCAGCCCUCCUGAGGGAAAACGGUGCUGAAGGUGCAGAGAUACAACCCCCUAACGCACCUCAAACUGAUCUGCCAGCAACCUCUUCAGACGCCCGUGAUACGAUCCGGAGAAGACGAUCCUUAAGAAAGAGGAAAAGACCCAGUCUCAUUACACUAAGUUCUACCCUCAAGAUAGUCCAGAGAGUGAUUCCGAAGCUCGAGACAAAAGUGAUUACGAUUCGAAGGCUUGCAACGGAAGCUGCAUCGAUUAUUCAACAAAUUCCAUACUGCGGCCGCAGAGGAACCUACUACAGUCGGAGAGCUGAGGAGCUUCUGAGAAACUGCAUCUUUCUCCUGAAAGAAAGCGCCAAGAUCUCAUUGCUACAGUAGAGUUAACCUUUUAAAUUGUGACCUCUGUUAAAAUGGGUAGCCAGCAACUGAGAAAUGCAUUGAAUGAAAUUGUUGAAGCUGUGAAUGAACUCCGUAAUCUCCCUGUACACCCUGCAACCGAAUUUCUCAAUCUAACCCCAAAUUCCCCAGUCAGAACUCAGGGUCCAGAUUUGGACCUUGAAUGUUUACUAUCUGUAGAACGAGCCAUCGAACGAUUAAAUGAUUCUUUCUCUCAACCAUACUCGCCUGAAAAUAAUUCCUUAGAGUUUCAACAGCAAGUUACAAACGCUUUACACGAAAUCACACAAAUGGUUAAUGACCUUCAAAAUCUUCCUGUUCAGCAUGUGCCUGGUUCUUUCAAUGUAGCUCCACAUUCA